CACCAGGUGAAGACCUCCACAGAGGCUGAGCACUGCACUCGCUCUUUCCCACCGUCUUCUGUCCCCUUCUCCCAGUGCAUCCAACUGAUUGACACCUGCCUGCUGUUACGUCUACACCUAGAGCACCCAGAGGCUCGACUUCCUCUCCUGUGUGUGUGGCAGCAAGUGAUCACCCAAACUGAUGAGGAGCGGCUGAUUGAGUUAAAAAUAAGUUCCUUUUUUUCUUAUUUGCUGAGCGGAAAGAAUGUCGGAAAGGGCCGAGGAUGACGUCAGGGGGGAGCAGCGCCGAGCGGCCAGGCAGCAGCUGAAGCAGCAGCAGCAGAUCCAGCGGGGAGAAGGCUCCACAGCAAUGGCGACUGUUGCGGAGCGGAGAUCCUUGCCUAGUCCAGAAAUAAUGCUGGGACAGCCUUGGAGCAAGUGGGUCGACGCCGCCAAACUCCACGGUAACGACGGUGCUGAAUCGGAGGAAAGUUUUAAAGACCUCGGGAAAAAUCGAGAAGCCAUGCGUUUGUGCAGAGAAGACAUGCCCAUAUUUGGACAGUGUCCCGCGCAGGACGACUUCUACCUGGUGAUGUGCAGCCACUGCAGUCAAGUAGUCAAGCCCCAAGCCUUCCAAGCACACUACGAGAGAAGACACAGUUCGGCCAGCAAGCCAGCUUCCACCUCGCCCUUCCCUGUGCCAGGCAGGAACCGGAGUAGCAGCGGCGCGCUCGGGUCUGGACUGGUCUCGGGGUCCGCAGCUGGAGUGGCGAGUGGAGGGAUCCACGGCCGACCUUCCACCGCCGGAUCCAGCUUAUCCUCUUCUUCGACGUCCUCCUCCAAUCCCAAACUCCUCAAACAAGCCAAAGAUAAGCUGCCAGGCAUUCAGCGAAGACCUUCCUUCCCCUCUUUCAGGAUGCCGCCAGAAAAAAUCCUCACCCCGGCUGUCAAGGUGGAGAAGAUGCAUCUGAAUGUGGACUCGUCAGCCAAAUUGGUGCAGGUCCCCACUGCCCCCGCCACCACCUCAUCCUCCUCUUCAUCCUCCUCUAGCACCACUGUGAGCUCCAACACUACCACCAUCACCACCUCCUCUUCAUCAGCCCUUAAACCAGGCCUUAACUGUCCCUCCAUACCAAAGCCUCCCUUACUGGCCCCGGGUCAGAUCCCCAACGGCAAGGGCCACCUCUCAGUUCUCUCGGAGAAGAAGCAGGACAGCAGUAGCAGUGCCAGUAGCAGACGCCACAUUACCAAGAAAGUGGCAGAACGUGAGUUCAAUGCAGACAUCCACUGUGGCGUUGUGGAUGUGACGUCGCGGAAACCAUGCACAAGAUCUCUAACAUGCAAGACACAUUCCUUAAGCCAGCGGAGGGCAGUGCCAGGGCGGAGGAAGCGCUUUGACACAUUGCUGGCAGAGCACAAGAACAGAGCAAGGGAGCGGGAGAAGGACAAGGAGAGAGAACUCCACCAACCCCAUUCCCAGCAAAACCCCCCUCUCAGGGAACCACACCCCUCCUCCCACCUCGCCGCUGCCCAUGACGCUCACCAGGUGGCUCAUGGCAACGGACCCGCCCCAGACGCCACUAAGCCUUCGCCGAUCGGCAAGCCCAAAUUUCACAGCCCUGGUCUUCCACGACUAAACAGCAGUCACAGCAGUAGUACCCCCGCAGACCCUGCGGUAGUCCACGAGUCACCACACCAUCCCCAAACUGCCCCUGAUGGUUUUUCACGACCCUCCAGCGACGAGGGAGAGAACGAGGAGCGGGAGGAGAACGCUGAGAAACUGGACUGUCACUAUUCAGGUUAUCACCCUCGACCGGCAGCUUACUGUACCUUUGGAAGUCGACUGUUUGGGAGAGGCUGUUACUCCUUUGACCGGCGAUGGGACAGAGUGCGAUGUGCCCUAACCACAAUGAUGGAAAAGCAUGUCAACUCUCAAAUGUGGAAGAAAAUCCCCUUGGCCUUGGAGAACGCCUCUUCCGUUGCACCUACCCAUAGGACAAGCACAAAUUCCCAUGGUAGCACUCCCUCUUCAGGCUUCCUGGGCCCCCCUGCCACCUUGCCCCAGACUCCCUACAGCCAAUCCUAUGAGGGCAAGUCAAUGCUCUCCUAUGGGACCACCUUAAAUGCCCGCAGCUCACCACAGGGCGGGGCUGAGCACCCGGCCUACGGCACCACACAGGCCCGACAAGUGUCUUCGUCGCCGCAGAUGCCUUCAGCCCACUCGUCCUCAUCCUCUUCUUCUUCAACUCCUUCCCUAGCCUCAGGCCGGGCGCUUAAGUCCCGUUCCUCCAGCAGCAGCAGCACUACCAAGUCGUCAUCGUCCUUCAGACCCAAGGAGAUCUCCUCUGGCUCCUCCACACCCGUCAUCCCCAACUCAACCGGCGGGGGCAACAGUGGGGCCAACAGUAACAGUAGCAGCACUAGCUUCAGCUCGGGGAAGAAGAGGAAGAUCAGCUCCAUCCUGUCUUCAUCCCACAGCUCCUCCGAAUCAUCCUCUUCUAAUGCCAACUACUCUUCCUCCUCCUCCUCUUUCAAGAAGAACUGUGCAAAUGUCGGCAGCUCAGGGAGCACCUACCACCACAGCUCACUAGGUCCUUCAUCCUCAUUGUCAUUAUCCUCCUCCCACAGCGGAGUCCACAGUGUGGGGCUUAACUGUGGCCCCAACGUGCGGACCAACUCACUAAGUCUCAAGGCCGAGCCCUCCGGAGGUUCGGCGGGUGGCUCCUCGGGGCCGUCUGCACGAGGUCCUCCCUCUGGAAGCCCCGCAGAGUCUAUCAAGCGCAUGAGUGUGGUAAUGAACAGCAGUGACUCCACCCUUUCCCUGGGGCCUUUUGUCCACCACCAGUCCUCUUCUGACCACCAUACCAGCUUCAGCCACCACUCCUCAGACGGGCGCCUUGAGAGUAAGAAGCGGAAAAGCUCUCCGGCCUCCAGCGGCAUUAAUAGCGGAGGUGGGGGAGGAGGGCUCGGAGGAGGAGGGGGAGCCGGACCAGGUAGACCCAAGGUGGCCAAGUCUCCUGCCAUCAACAACAUCCACGGGAAGCAUGGGCGGAGCAUUCCAGGGACGCCAGGGCUGCCCAACAACUCCCAUUUACAUCAGCCAAAGGCUCGUCCCUGACAGCGGUGUCCAGCUUCUGCGUAUGGAACUGGCAGACGGACGGGGAUUAGUCCGGAGCAGUACGAGGACUGCUCCGGACUGCACGAGGCCUUCUAAAAAAAAAAAAAAAAUCAAACCCACAUUACUCUCAGCUUCCCACAAUCCUCAGGGUGGAGAUGAUCUGGACUGCCCAGUGAAGUCAAUGUGGUCCUUACUAU